CGCGCGGCCCGGGAUGGAGAGCGCCGGCGAUCUGCGCCGCGCCGGCAACGAUGAGUUCCGCCGCGGGCAGUACGGGGCGGCCGCGGAGCUGUACAGCCGCGCGCUGGCGGUGCUGGAGGACGCAGGGGAAGCCGCCGCCGAGGAGCGCAGCGUGCUGCUGGCCAACCGCGCCGCCUGCCAGCUGCGGGACGGCGCCUGCCGGGGCUGCGUCGCCGACUGCUGCAGCGCUCUCAGCCUGACCCCGUUUGCCAUCAAGCCCCUGCUCAGGCGAGCGGCUGCCUAUGAGGCCCUGGAGAGCUUUGCGCUGGCCUACGUGGACUACAAAACCGCCCUGCAGGUGGACUGCACCAUACAGGCGGCCCACGAUGGGGUCAACAGGAUGACUAAAGCUCUGCUGGAGAAGCACGGGGCGAACUGGCGCGAGAAGCUCCCACCCAUCCCCACGGUCCCCAUUGAUGCCCAGAGGAGAUGGAGUGUUCCUUCUGCAGGAGCCCCCACAGGAGGUGCUCUCUCUGGAAACACACCACGGGGAGACCCAGCCCAGACUGCUGCUGGCAUAGAGAGAGCUCGAACUCUUAAGGAAGAAGGAAAUGAACUCGUAAAGAAAGGAAACCAUAAAAAGGCAAUUGAAAAGUACAGUGAGAGUUUAAAGCUCAACCAGGAAUGUGCAACUUACACCAACAGAGCUCUCUGUUACUUGACUCUGAAGCAACACAAGGAAGCAGUCCAGGACUGCACAGAAGCUUUGCGAUUAGAUCCUAAAAGCGUGAAGGCGUUCUAUAGACGUGCUCAGGCACUUAAAGAACUGAAGGAUUACAAGUCAAGUAUUGCUGACAUCAGCAGCUUGUUGAAAAUUGAACCAAAGAACACAGCUGCACUGAGACUAUUGCAAGAAUUGAACAGAGCCUAGGGUAACCAAGCAACAAGGAAAGCUUUUUCUGCUGCAGAAGGAAGUUUCUCCCUUCUGAUGCUGCAGGGACCAAUCUGAAUGCAGGAUUGGUACUGAGAUCUAUCUUUAAUUGCUGCUGAGAUGUGACACGUUUCUGUGCCACCACAAUGAACGUUAAGAUAGUUGUUUGAUACAGUUUGUGUAUCUGGCUCUAAGAUCAUGCAAAGUUUUCAUGCAAUUGCCUGAGAGGGAGGCACAUAGGUGAACUUCCCUGGCUGAAGUCAAUGUGCCUGUACCUGCUGGCCUCAGGGACUUUAUCCACUUGGCCAAGAUACACACAAAGUGGCUGCUCUUUCUGAGAAGUUAUAAACUGAGAGGUUUUUUUAGUCCUUAUUCAGGUGACAGUUUUGCUGCAUUUGUGCUGCUCUUAAGUAGGGUUGCUAAAGGAGUGCUGCAAGAAAUGCUGCAGUUGCCUGAGCACUGCAUAUCACUCUUAAAACCAAGUGAUUGUUACUUGCACAGGGUUGAGCACGUUCCCUCUCCUACCUGACACCUGCUGGCCUUCAGCUGAGUUUCUGCUGCGUAGUGUGACUGGGCAGGUGUUUACAGCAGCAGCUUUCUUUCUUUUAUCUUUAAUUAUUCAGCACAUAUAAGAAAACUUCAACCUGCCUUGAUCCACUGUGCACUACUGUCAUGUUACAGGUGCUUGGGCAUUUUGCAGCUUCUUUUUUUGUCAAUUUUUGUUCUGUUAAAAGUUGAGUUUGUCUGUGCCUUCUGGAACAGUUGCUACAGGGUGUGACAUCCCAAUUGAGGGCUGGCUUACUACUUUCAUGCAUGUUUAUACUUCUUGAUUUAUUUUUUCUUAUGGUAUUGAUGGCACUGAGUUAAAAUGGUAGAUUAAGAAACGGUUGGAGUUAUUGAGAGAUGAGUUGGAGUUAUUCUAUGAUCUCUUGGAACUGUUCACAUUAAAAUGAUGUUUAUUUUCA